ACUACAAAAUGUGUCAAGGUGCCAAUACUUAUGGAUAAGCUGCUUUGAGACUGAGAUCAUGAUAGAAAGAGAUCUUUUCAAGCUAGUUUUACAUUCAUUUUCUUUAUGUUAUGGAUUGAUAAAUAAACAAUAAAUCCUCCAGUACAGUAGAUGGCGCUGUAAGCGGUGUUCAUUCAGUAAUGCGCGACGAAAACAACAGGAAAGAAUCAGAAGCCUGCUUUGAGGAUUUGAACUGCGAGCUGAGUUUGUUUUUUAGUUUUAAAGAUGGUGAACGUGUUAAAAGGAGUUCUUGUGGAAUGCGAUCCUGCGAUGAAGCAGUUCCUUCUGUACCUGGAUGAAACCUCGGCUCUGGGGAAGAAGUUCAUCAUUCAGGACCUGGAUGAUACUCAUGUUUUUAUUUUGGCUGAAGUUGUGCACAUACUGCAGGAGAAAGUCGGGGAGCUCAUGGACCAGAACUCUUUCCCCAUCACCCAGAAAUAAACUCAUACACUCCACAUUGCUCCUCUCCAUCUUGGGCUGAAAAGGUCCUGCUAAAAUCCUGAUUUGUCACAAAUACCUCCUGAAGACGCUUGCAAAGAUACGUUUAUUUUGUGUGUGAAACAUCCAGCUAUAACACCUUAAUGCAUGUUUAACUUGCAAAUGCAAAUUGUCUUUAUGUAAAUGUGUUUAUUAUUAUUUAAUUAAAUCCAUAAGAGAUCAGAUGCUUGCUUUUAAAGUGGUCAGUGUUGCCGUAUUCUGGUAAAGAGUGUACUUUUGUGUUUGACUGAUGAUAAAGAUCUGAGAAAUAAACUGGAAUAUAAACAAUA